GCUUUGGGAAUUCAACACGUCAUACAGAAGAUCUUAGUCGAGCUGCGAACAUAGGUGUGAUCAUUCUCAAGGUUAUAUCAAGUUUUCGAUUCGACUGUUUUGGAAAUUGUCUUCGAUCUGAUUCACAAUCAAAAUGUUUAAGUUCACGAUUGCUUUGCUUAUGUGCAUGGUAAUGCUCACCCAUGGCUUGCCCCUAAAUAAGAUUGUCGUGGAAGACGCUAAGCCAGAGGAACCAGCUAAGGAGGUCGAACAGCCACAACAGGAGGAAGAUCAAGAAAAAGAUGAACCAGCUCCUGAGGUAGAGGAGGAUGACAAGCCUGAAGAUAAUGAAGCCAACAACGAAGAAGAAGAUGCCCCAGAGCAAARCGAAGAUGCCCCCUUGACAGAAGAGACCAGUGAAGAUGAAGCACCGGCUACUCCUGAAGAGGACGAGGAUGAGAUCCCAGAGUUGGAGGACAGCGAGGAAGACGAGGAGAACGAAGACUUGCCUGAAGAAGCCUCCGAGGAUGAAAAUGAAGAGAAUGCCAAAGAUGAACCUGAGGAGACCCCUAAUGAAGAAGAGGCCCCUAAGGAAGAUGAACCUGAGGAGACCCCUAAUGAAGAGGACCCUAAGGAAGAUGAACCUGAGGAGACCCCUAAUGAAGAGGACCCUAAGGAAGAUGAACCUGAGGAGACCCCUAAUGAAGAGGAGGCCCCUAAGGAAGAUGAACCUGAGGAGACUCCAAAGGAAGAGGAGGCCCCUAAGGAAGAUGAACCUGAGGAGACUCCAAAGGAAGAUGCCCCUAAACAAGAUGUACCUGAGGAAACUCAAAAGGAGGAAGCUCCUGAACAAGAGGAAGCAAAAAAAGAAGCUUCUUCUGAAGAAGAAAAAAUUGAUGACCUCCUUGGAAAACUAUAAAAAGCUUUAAGUUAAUUAAGAUGUUUCAAGUAAUCAGUGUCACCCAACCGGCCUCAAGGCUUAAAUUAAUAGCUAUUCUUAUGGGUUUUUAAUUACAAUAAGUCUUCAGCCAUUUCCUUACUGUUCAUAAUU